UCCAAAAUGGCGAGCAGUGAAGGGAAGAAGGCGGUCAAAGGCAAGGGUCAAUUAUCCCAAGAACAGAUCAUACAACAGUUCAAUCAACUAAGACAAGAGUAUACUAAUAUCUUAAACAAAAUACAUGAGCUAGAGAUGGAUCAAAACGAACACAGUGUUGUCAUACAAGCUCUCCAGAAUGUUAAUUCGUCUAGAAAAUGUUUCAGGAUGAUAGGUGGGGUUCUUGUAGAAAGAACAGUAGGUGAUGUCCUGCCUGCUCUCGAAAAAAACCGGACACAGAUUGGACUCGUCUUGGACCACUUAAAGGAGCAAAUGAUUACCAAAGAACAAGAUCUGACUGCAUUCAAAGAGAAGCACAACAUAAAAAUGAAAGGAGAAAAGGAUACUAAUGCUGCAGCCGAUAGCUCAAAAAGUCCAGAAAAGUCAUCAGGAGUACUUGUUGCUGAAGAAAAAUCCAAAUGAAAUAAAAACUCUUUUCACACUUAAGUUAUACUUAGUAUUAAACCUGAGUAUUAGACUCUUCCUUUCUAAUAGACCUCUUUAACUAGGGUGUAAUGUUUUACCAUUUCAGACCAAAAAAUUCUGUGUUUGAGUUGUAUCCAUAUUCAUGUGUCUUCUCAUGAAAAGAUACUCUUCGGAAUGACAUGUGGUCUGAAAUGGAAAAAAAACAUUACGCUCAAGCUAAAGAGGCCUAUUCCUAAACCCNCCCCC